AUGUCGACAGAAAAGGCUUCCCCGUACUCGGAAGAUCCUCCAGCGGUCGAGCGAGGCGGCUUCGGCGGCUUCGUGGAUUCGUUUAGACAACAUCCCCACCAGGCACGCACGCAACGAGAACAGAAGGCCGCCGCAGCUGGCGGCCAUGUCGACCUCGAACUGGCGGCGCACAACGUUGCCGACUCGCCCCUCAGCAGGAAACUGAAGGGCCGCCAUCUGCAGAUGAUUGCCAUCGGUGGUUCCAUCGGAACCGGUCUCUUCAUCGGCUCCGGAAAGGCCCUGAGUAGCGGAGGUCCCGCGUCGUUGCUCAUCUGCUUCACCUUGAUCGGUCUCAUGUUGUACUCGACCGUUCACGCCUUGGGCGAGCUCGCUGUUAUCUUCCCCGUCGCCGGUAGUUUCGCCGCCUAUUCCACUCGGUUCAUCGAUCCUGCUUGGGGCUUUGCUAUGGACUGCACGUGGAAUGCCGAGCUAACCAAUGAAACCCGUCACAGCUACGCAAUGCAAUGGCUCGUCGUCUUUCCACUGGAGAUCGUCGCCGCCGCAAUCACCGUACAAUAUUGGGACAAGGACCACUCCAUCAGUCCUGCUGUCUGGGUCACCAUCUUCUGGCUUUUGAUCGUCAUCAUCAACUUGUUUGGUGUCAAGGGCUACGGUGAAGCGGAAUUCGUGUUUUCGCUGGUCAAGGUCAUUGCUGUUAUUGGCUUCAUCAUCCUCGGAAUUAUCCUGAACGUCGGAGGCGGACCUGAAGGUGGCUACAUCGGUGGACGGUAUUGGCACACCCCCGGCGCGUUCAAUAAUGGCUUCAAAGGGCUAUGCGGUGUCUUCGUCACGGCGGCCUUUUCUUUCGCCGGUACCGAGUUGGUCGGUCUGGCCGCUGCCGAAACCGCCAAUCCCCGCAAGUCUCUCCCGACCGCCAUCAAGCAGGUUUUCUGGAGGAUCACCCUCUUCUAUAUCGUCUCCUUGACCCUCGUCGGUCUUCUCGUCCCCUACACCGAAGAGAGACUUCUCCAGGAGGGCUCCAGCAAUGCCGCCGCCUCUCCUUUCGUCAUCGCCAUCCAGAACGCUGGAAUCGACGUGCUCCCAUCCGUCAUGAACGCCGUCAUCAUGAUCGCCGUGCUCUCGGUCGGUAACUCUUCGAUCUACGGCUCUUCGCGUACUUUGGCCGCGCUCGCGGAACAGGGCCAGGCACCCAGGAUUUUCGCCUACAUCGAUCGCAGCGGUCGCCCGAUGGCCGGUAUCGCCCUCUCUUCGGUUCUCGGUCUGUUGGGUUACUUCUCGGUCAACCCCGACGUCCAGGGUCCCGCCUUCGAUUGGAUGUUGGCCCUCUCGGGUCUGUCGAGUAUCUUCACCUGGGGCUCCAUCUGCUUCGCCCACGUCCGUUUCCGACGCGGCUGGGCCCUGCAGGGCCACACGCUCGACGAGCUUGCUUUCCGUUCUCAGCCCGGUGUUGUCGGCUCCUGGAUCGGCUUCAUCUUCAACGUGCUCGUCCUCAUCGCUCAGUUCUGGACCGCCAUGUGGCCCAUCGGCGGAAAGCCCAAUGCCGAGAGCUUCUUCAUGGCUUACCUGGCCGUGCCCGUCGUCAUCGUUUUCUACCUCUCGUACAAGAUCUACUACAAGACGCCAUUCGUCCGCUCCAAGGACAUGGAUCUCCACACCGGCCGACGGGAAUUGAACCUCGAUGCGCUGUUGGCUGAGGAGCGUGCGGAGCAGGCUACUUGGCCCAGGUGGAAGAAAAUGUAA